GGGAGGGAGCGCGGCGCCCGCGGCCCUUCAAUUGGCCGCGCCGCCCCCUCGCCCGAGAGGCGGGAGGAGGCGGCCCUCCAUUGGUCGGGCUCGGCGGCCAAUGCCUGCAGGCCUCGAGGAGGAGGUGGGGGCAGUUCGUGGGGAGCCGCGGUGCCGGCAGGGGCCGAGGCAGCCAGCGGGAUUCCGGAGCGGACCGGGAGGCUCUGCGGGACCAGUCGGACCGAGCCGCCGAGGCACUGCCCACGCCCCGCCGCCGUGAGCGACCCCGCGCCGCCCAGACGAGCCAGCGCCGAGCAUCUCCCGCGGCGGUCAUUCUUCAGAGCCAGCAGCGGGGAAGCCCAGUGCCAUAGACCCCCGGCCCCGAGUGCAGCCUCUCCCCGCCGUCCGAACCACCAUGACCCACUUCAACAAGGGCCCUUCCUACGGGCUCUCGGCCGAGGUCAAGAACAAGAUUGCUUCCAAGUAUGAUCAUCAGGCUGAAGAAGAUCUUCGCAAUUGGAUAGAGGAGGUGACGGGCAUGAGCAUCGGGACCAACUUCCAGCUGGGUCUAAAGGACGGCAUCAUUCUCUGCGAACUUAUAAACAAGCUGCAGCCAGGCUCGGUGAAGAAGGUCAACGAGUCCUCGUUAAACUGGCCUCAGUUGGAGAACAUUGGCAACUUUAUUAAAGCCAUUCAGGCUUACGGGAUGAAGCCCCAUGACAUAUUUGAAGCAAAUGACCUUUUUGAGAAUGGAAACAUGACCCAGGUUCAGACCACUCUGGUGGCUCUAGCAGGGCUGGCUAAAACAAAAGGAUUCCACACAACCAUUGACAUUGGGGUUAAGUAUGCAGAAAAACAAACAAGGCGUUUUGAUGAAGGAAAAUUAAAAGCUGGCCAAAGUGUGAUUGGCUUGCAGAUGGGAACCAACAAAUGUGCCAGCCAGGCAGGUAUGACAGCCUAUGGGACUAGGAGGCAUCUUUAUGAUCCCAAAAUGCAAACUGACAAACCCUUUGACCAGACCACAAUUAGUCUGCAGAUGGGCACUAACAAGGGAGCCAGCCAGGCCGGGAUGUUAGCACCAGGCACCAGAAGAGACAUCUAUGACCAGAAGCUCACAUUACAACCCGUGGACAACUCAACGAUUUCUCUACAGAUGGGAACCAACAAAGUCGCUUCCCAGAAAGGAAUGAGUGUAUACGGGCUCGGGCGGCAAGUAUAUGACCCCAAAUACUGUGCCGCUCCGACAGAACCUGUCAUUCACAAUGGAAGCCAAGGAACGGGAACAAAUGGGUCGGAAAUCAGUGAUAGUGAUUAUCAGGCAGAAUACCCAGAUGAGUAUCAUGGCGAGUACCAAGAUGACUACCCCCGAGAUUACCAAUAUGGCGACCAAGGCAUUGAUUAUUAGACGCACACAGAGGGGCCCAGUAUUUAGUCCAUUGUUUUUAUUCAGUGAGAACCAAGCUAGCCUUGAGUAAUUUUUAUCUUGUCUUCCUAAAACACUAUUAUGCUUAUUGUACUUAAUAAAAGAAAUUGCCUUACAUACAUUCCUUUUUCCUUUUUCUGCCUCUUCCCUAAAUAGUUGCCUUCUAGUGCUGUAACAGUUAAAUCCUACAGCAUAACCAAUAACUCGCAUAUGAAGUAAAAAGGAAUACUGUGAAAGGGGAGUACUCUCGUACAGCCAAUUCUUUUAUUAAAGAUCUAUGCAUUUUUACAAUCUAAAACUGGUAUUUUCAAACAAUAGGAACCUUUUUUUUUUUUUUUUACAGUUUAUCUGGUUUCUACAUGGAAGACUAAAUAAACCCAUGCUUGUUGCUAAAUGGGGUCUUUGCCAACUAAAUAGAAGAUGCAGCCUUUUUAGAAAUUUACCAUAUGAAUGUUUCUACAGUAUUGUUUGCUAAUUUUUAAAUAAAGUCAUGAUCCGUGUGCAUUUGUGAUCAUCCGCGUACUCAUUCUCUCACCUAAGCCGACACGGUCGUCUCAGAGUGGAGUGCUUCCAAAGGAGCUUGUACAAAAAGGGCCUACGGACACUUAGGUCUGGGUGGCGUGUCCGCUUCUCCUGUUUGUGCCAAUGUAUCAUGUAGAGUUCUCUGUUCUCUUCAAGUGUAUUUAUUGUUGCAUUUCUCAGCAUAAACAUCCCAUUGUAUUUUUUAUAAAUAAAUAUUUUUUUUGAACAUUCA